CAGCCGGCAUCUGCUCCUUGGAAUUUGGUUCCUUUCUUUAUCAACAGCUCGCGGCGUCGAACGAAUCUCGAAACGUUCGGUGUGUAGAUUAAAUUCCGUGUUUUCUACUAUCAGUUGAAUCCAGCACGGAAGUAUAGAGAAAGUAAAGAUGAGCGCUACCGGAGAAACGAAUAAUCGAUCCGUGCUGGACUGCCAUUGCUAUGCGGUCAACGCAGAGUCGGGCACUUUCCUAAACUAUGUGACGCAGCAAAAGGCCGCUCUUAUCGAUUCCGUUCAGCUUCUGCCGAAGGAGGAGGCAGCGGCCGAAAUUGAGCUGGCGCUGAGCUUCAUGCAGCACUACAUGCGCCUGGAAGACGAUGGGUUGGUUGAUAAGCCCGAAUCGAAGCAUCGCGUCCUGAUCGAUCGCAGAAAGUCUCCGUUCGAGAUCCUGCUCGAUCUGCACGCUUCGAUGCGGGCCACCUGCGUUGGCUUUAAGCUGUACUUUUACGGAGAAAAUCCGAUCACGAGCGAGUUCAUCAAAUUGCUGCUCCAGUUUCCGUCGUUUUCGAGCCGCGAUGGCGACCAGCUAACCCUAACCGCAGAAAUUCCACUGAAGCUGGCGUACUGCACGAUGGUAGUGUUUGAUUCGGCCGACCUGGAGUCAGCCAGUGAUCGGUUGGCGGCUGCUUGGUCCACCAACGAUGCUCCGUGGUCGAUUCGCAGUGUGCUGGUGCAGGAGAACAUAAAGGACGAAUUUGUGCUGCUGGUAAAAUCCAAACUGAAACCGUUCACCGAAGGCCAAAAGCACCUCCUGAAGCAUCGUUUCAUGACGGCACUCGCUGCGGCGGAAUCUUUGGGUUCGCAGUUGAUAAGGAAUGAUUCCGAUACGAGCGAGGUCAAGCCUACGCUUGCCUUCGUCCCGGGCGUCCAAUAUUUGGUGUCGCCUGCCGAAUCGGCAGUUACGCCGAGUCCGAUCGUAGUGUUGAACGCAUUCCGCACCGCAAAAGAGGCCAUAUCGCUGGUUAACAGCAACAACGGUGGCUCGGUAUCGCUCUGGAGCGAGGAACUAUCGCUUACGUUCGAGGUUGCGUAUGGACUACGUAGCCAAACCGUUUGGGUAAACAGUUACGCCGAAUUCAACCCGGACUGCCCGUAUACUUUCCGGGCGGAAGAUUUCUGCUACGGUUCCGACUAUGCCGUUUGUGAGAAGAAGGUAAAAACCGUGUUUGCCCCCUCGAAGACCGCCCCAGUGAAUAGCGGCGACCGUAACCGUGCCGCCAUCAAGAGUCUUGGCACGUAUGUGGCCGAUACGCGUAGCUAUCGGGGUAACACGGUGCAGAUUAAAAACGGUGUCCACUACGAAACCAUCAGUUCGCCGGCGGACAUUGCGGCGUACGGAGAAAAUCAUCGGUUGGCCAUUGCGGACAAUUUCUGGGAUUCGUACGUUUCGCUGGAUGCAUUUGAUCGCCGCUUCUUGCUCGACACAGUGUACAAUCAAAGGAAAGUGAUUUGCAUUCCAUUUGGUGUAAGCUUUGCCAACUAAGCUGAAACCCAAUACAUUCCGUUCUGUUUACAGGUAAAACUUUGUUUUUUGAUUCCUUGCUAUGAAUAAAAAUCGUUUAUUUUCAU